UUCCUCAAAAGGGUUUUGCAGAGGUUUACGCUGUUGGAUCCGCAGCAGACUGUUCAAUUUCAAUUCCACAAUGAGAAGAAACGCUUCGAUUUCCAUUCUUCCUUACUUCAAUCGUCUCAAUCUCCGCUCACUUUCAUCUCUCAUUUCCCCAAAUUCGAUUUCUAAUCUCCCUUUAAAUUCCUCUCCUGUUUCAACUCCCAAUCUCAAGCCCUGCACCAAAAACAAUGGAUUGUUCUUCAAGUUCACUCGAUUUCAAGCAAACUCAUCUCGAAAUUUGGAUACCCUUGUGGAGAAACGGCCUGAAAUGUCCUCAAGACAGCGAAAACUCAAGGAAAAAUCCGACCUUGAGGAGGCUUUUGAGUCUGCUGACACUGUUGAUGAAAUGGUCAAGGCGUUUAAAAAUAUGGAAUCCGCUUUUGAAGAGAAGGAUCUCGGGUUGGCUUCCUUGAAAAUUGGUUUGAAACUUGACCAAGAAGGUGAGGAUCCUGAACAGAUUUUGUUGUAUGCUGAUAGAGCUUUAAAAGCUUUGGAUAAAGAUGAUAAUAGGAAUCCUUCUUUACCUGUUGCUAUGACUUUACAAUUGAUUGGUUCUGUUAAUUAUAGUUUGAAGAGGUUUAGUGACAGUUUGGGGUACUUGAAUAGGGCUAAUAGGAUUCUGGGUCAGUUGGAGGAGAAGGGUUUUAGUGCUGAGGAUGUUAGGCCAGUACUUCAUGCUGUGCAACUUGAGUUGGCAAAUGUUAAAACUGCAAUGGGGAGAAGAGAAGAAGCGCUAUCUAAUCUCAGGAAGUCGUUAGAGAUUAAGGAAUUGAUGUUGGAAAAGGAUAGUAGAGAAUUAGGGACGGCGAAUCGUGAUUUGGCCGAAGCUUAUGUUGCUAUAUUGAACUUUAAGGAUGCUCUUCCAUUUUGUAUGAAGGGAUUGGAGAUACAUAAGAAGGAGUUGGGCAAUAAUUCAGUUGAAGUUGCUCAUGAUAGGAGGCUUCUUGGGGUGAUUUAUAGUGGGCUGGAAGAACAUCAAAAGGCGUUGGAGCAGAAUGAAUUGUCUCGGAAGGUUUUGAAAAACUGGGGCCUUAAUUCUGAUUUGCUUCGUGCAGAAAUUGAGGCUGCUAAUAUGCAAAUUGCACUUGGUAGGUACGAUGAGGCCAUUAGUACUCUUAAGGAUGUUGUUCAGCAUACAGAUAAAGACAGUGAAAUUCGGGGAGUUGUGUUUACCUCAAUGGGAAAAGUGUUGUGUAAUCAGGAAAAGUUUACUGAUGGAAAGAGAUGUUUGGAGAUUGCUAUUGGAAUUUUCGACAAGAGAGAAGAAACUUCUCCUGCGGCAGCUGCUGAGGCGUAUUCAGAGAUAUCAAUGCUGUAUGAGACAAUGAAUGAUUUUGAAACUGCAAUUUCUUUAUUAAAAAGAUCUCUAGCUUUGCUUGAGAAGCUUCCACAAGAGCAGCACUCGGAGGGUAGUGUUUCAGCUAGAUUAGGGUGGUUGCUACUGUUGAUUGGUAAGGUUCAAGAAGCUAUUCCAUACUUGGAGGGUGCAGCAGAGACUUUACAAGAGAGUUUUGGAUCCAAGCAUUUUGGAGUUGGAUAUAUAUACAAUAAUCUUGGAGCUGCGUAUUUGGAACUCGAGAGACCUCAAUCGGCUGCACAAAUGUUUGCAGUGGCAAAGGACAUUAUGGACGUAUCACUUGGCCCCCAUCAUGCAGAUUCAAUUGAAGCCUGUCACAAUCUUUCAAAGGCAUAUGGUGCAAUGGGAAGGAAUGAUAGAGUAUCACAAGUAUUUGGAAUAGGAAUAUUACAUGGCAGAGAGCUUUUGCCGGUCCUGUUAAAAAAAUUAUGCCCUUGCAAUUGAAUUCCAGCAGCAAGUGGUUGAUGCUUGGGAAAGCCAUGGCUCGACUGCUGAAGACGAACUUAGAGAAGCUCGACAAACGCUACAACAAUUGAAGAGGAAAGCUCAAGGUACAUCCAAAUUCGAGCUCUCAACAAAGGCCUUGCCCCUACCUCAUUCCUCAACGUCUUCCAAAACUCUGCAGCCCGAUCUCCCUGCCCAUCAGAAACAUCAAUAACCACAACAUCUGAUAAUAUGCUAUUUUACGACUUAAGAUAAAUCGAUGGAUCAGUUCACACUUGUUGGUAAGUUUUAUCCUAGAAGAAAAUAUUUUCCUUUAAAAACUUGGUCAUCUUUUGCAUAUAUCCUUAAAAAAUAUACAAGACUUCCAAGUUUUGCUUGCAUGUCUAUAUAUCUAUCCUGCUGGGAAGCAUAUUCAUUGGAAGCUAUAUGCUCGGGAAAGAGACGGCUGCAGUAGCCUGCAGAGUUACCGAAUCUAACGGCUGCGUUUUCUGAGAACUUUGCAUGAUUCUCAUAACUCAUCUUGAAAAAGUUGAUAGAUGUUUAUUUAGACUGGUGUUUCAGAAUUACAUGUAUGUAAAUGAGUUUGUAAUUUUGGUUUUAGUUGCAAAACUCUAAGGUAAGAAAGAAAGUUUCCGGGUUGCCUUGA